UUAUAAAACUGAUCAGAAUAAUUAAAAAAAUUAUAUGUAUUUUAAAAUGGAUGCAAACGCGUUUGGUUUAGUGUUCUUUUAAUUCAUAUUUAAGACUGAAUAUGUUUUACUGCCGAAGGCAAAUCUGCUUCUGGUGCAUCUGCAAUGGAAAUCAUCGCGCUGUUACUGUCCAUACCUUUCUUCUUCUUCGUACUCCUCAUCUCCGCCCUCCGCCGGCGACACAGAAACAGUCCGCCAAGCCCUCCCUCGCUCCCCCUCCUCGGCCACCUCCACCUCCUCAAGAAACCCCUCCACCAAUCCCUCGCCUCCCUCUCUGCUCGCCAUGGCCCCAUAGUCUACCUCCGCUUCGGCUCCCGCCCCGUCCUCCUAGUCUCCUCAGCCUCCGCCGCCGAAUCCUGCUUCUCCAAGAACGACGCCGUGUUCGCCAACCGCCCCCGAUUCCUCGCCGGAAAGCACCUUGGCUAUAACUACUCUACUCUAGUCUGGGCUUCCAACGGCUCCCAUUGGCGAAACCUCCGCCGCGUCACCGUCAUGGAGAUCUUGUCCGCCUCGCGCAUCCACUCUAUCUCCGAUCUCAUCUUAGAAGAAAUUGCCGCGAUGGUAAAAGCGGUGGCCGCGCCCGCCCGGAGCGGCAGUUUUAUCGAGAUGCGGCCAAGAUUGUUCGAACUGAAUUUUAAUUUGAUGAUGAAAAUGGUUGCGGGGAAGAGAUUGAACCAGAUGGAGGAGUUUCGACAGAUUGUUAGGGAAACUUUUGAAGUGAGCGGAGCAUCAAAUUUGGGGGAUUUCAUCCCUUUAUUGCGUUUGUUUGAUUAUCAAGGAUUGGAGAAGAAGCUGAUUAGGUUGCAGCGUAGAAGGAACUCUUUCUUGCAGGAAUUGAUUGAUGAGCGCAGGAGAGAAAUUGAGAGCUGGAGAAAUUCAUCAUCAGCUUUUGAUGGCGAAGAAGGAAGAUAUCGAGAUGAAAGAGGGAGAAAAUGCUUAAUUGAUAAUUUGCUUUCUCUGCAAAAAACUUCUCAGGAGCAGUAUUCGGACGAAAUUAUCAAAGGAAUCGUGGUGGUCCUUCUAUCUGCCGGCACAGAUACGUCUGCCCUAACGACAGAAUGGGCGCUCGCUCUGCUCCUACGCAACCCAACAGCUCUCUCCAAAACCCGCGCCGAGCUCGACCUCCAUAUCGGCAAUAACCGCCUUAUAAACGAAACAGAUCUCCCCAAUCUCUCUUACCUCCGCUGCGUCAUCAAAGAGGCCCUUCGCCUUCACCCCGUAGCGCCGUUGAUCCCCGCACACGAGUCCAAUGAAGAUUGCACCGUGGAGGGAUUUCAAGUGCCAAAAGGCGUCAUGUUACUGGUGAACGCGUGGGCGAUUCACAGAGACCCGUCGCUGUGGGUGGAGCCGGAGGAGUUCAGGCCGGAGAGAUGGGAAGGAGAAGAAGAGAACGGAGAGGUAACCAGGAAGCAGGGGAAGGUGUUGUUCUUUGGGAUGGGGAGGAGAGGGUGUCCCGGAGAAGGAUUAGCUCUGCGUGUUGUGGGGUUGGCUUUGGGUGCUUUGGUUCAGUGCUUUGAGUGGGGUUCCGAUGAAGUUGGUGGGGCGGCGGUUGAUCUUACGGAAGGGAGUGGGCUUUCAAUGCCAAUGGCGACGCCAUUGAGAGUCUUCUGCAAGAAGCGAGAUGCUAUGGAUCGAACUUUCUUUGCAUGUUGAAGAAGUUUCUCCAUCUUUCAAUAAUUGCUUUUGCAUUUACUUGAUUUUUGUAGUUCAGUAUUUAUAGUUGGACAAAGGCAAUGUGCAGAGCACAUUUAUAAAGCUGUUAUUUGUCUUCAAAUAUAAGGUGGUUUGAUCAAAUAUUUUCCUAUUUAAGUAGGAUUACAUCAAGUAUCAAUUACAAGAUCA